ACCAGGAAGUAUCCGUGGACAGAAGUGGUGUGUUGGCAUUCUGGACAGUUUGAGCUCAAAGUGCAAUAAAUUCCGUCGCUGCAGUCUCUCCGUGUGUUCACGUACAUCAGCCGGACCGUGCGUUAUGCAGUGGCGUCUCCGUUAAACGACACAGUCUGAGGAUAAACAGUGCUGAGCGGCAAACAUGGGGAAGAAAGAUGCCAGCGCAACCAGAUUACCGGUCGAUCAGUACAGAAAACAGAUUGGUAAACAGGAUUACAAAAAGACAAAGUCAGUCUUAAAGGCCACGCGACUGAAAGCUGAAGCGAAGAAGAAUUCCUCUGGAUUCAGGGAUGCAUUCCUUGUCGUUGCUGCAAUCCUGUUGUUUGUGCUCUGCGUCUAUGCGUUUUUCUACCUCAACCUGAGCACAGAGAUUGACCUGGACGUGGAUUUGGAUUAAUAAGCGGUGGACUUUGUCCUGAUGGUCACAAAUUGUGCUCGGUCUGUAAGCGGUGAAAAUUCUCUGUCAACAAGUUCCUGGCCAUUUUUGAGAUUUGAUAUUUUAUUUUCUACAGGGGGAAUAUGCAAUUCAGCAGUAAUCAGUACAGUACUUGCAGUAAUAACCUACGUCAAAUCCAUAAAUUGUAUUUAUGUGUUCCUGAAAAUCAAAUCCUUGAUUCCCUUUCCUUUGACCUCGUGAUUUAUGAUAAAAUCUAUAUUCUGAAACAAAACUGCGCCUGAGUCUUCCAAGCCGUACAGUUGAGAGCGAACUCUUUUAAUCAUAUUCCGCGGAGUCACGUCCCACUGUUUUCUCCACUAAUAGAAAAAUGCAAAUCUCCCGCUGCACCUCUCGUCACAUCAGGACAAACACUUGCCUCACAUUCCGGUGCACAAACCUCUCCUCCAGGAUAGCAGGAGAUCACAAAGUGUGAGAUUAGAAUCCACAAAGCCCUUGUUCUGAUUGAACAUGUGUGCAGAAUACAGAACCACACAUUGUACCUGCAGCACAUACAUGCAGCACUUAGACGUCCGCAGGAUUAGCAUCACAAAUAGGAUGCUGUACUUUCAUUUGAAUGGAAAUUACAGACGUGAACGGCACACGUUCCUCAUAAAGGACAUCUGGGUGAUUUUUUUAAAUGCGCGUGUUGUUGUUUCUUCACGUGCUUCUCUGUGGAAAUGAAUAUGAAGGUUUUUCAGUGUGUAUUUUUCCCUCUGUAUGAAGUCAAGGUCUUUUUUAUUGAAGCCACUUACCAUUUGGAAAUUAUGAUUUCAUUGUGUUACCGCUCCCCGUGUUUGCCCCCCAUCACUAGCUGCUGUUGUCCAAAAGGCGAUUGAUGCAUUGGUUUGGAAAUCACUCUUUUUAUAUUCAUGUAAUGCAUAAAAGACCAAUAUGAAAUACA